GCUGCUGAAAAUGAACUGAAUGAAUUCAUUAAAGCUGCUGCAACUCCGUAUUCAAUAUACAUCCUCUAAACACAAAAGCGACAGUAUGUCUUAAGUCUUUUUUUCUUCAAGACCGCAGUUAUACUAAAAAUAAUCUGCGCAAAUAGAAAUAUGUAGCAGUUAUCGAACUGUAAAAGCGACAUGAAACAUACAUGAGUAAGUUAGCCUACACGACGUUAAUCUCGCGUGCUUUUUGGUCUUAUUUUAUUUAGUAUUUUAGAAGAAAAAAAAAGAAAGUUCGUUACAAACUUGUGGUUUGGGGAAAAUAUUUAUAGCUUAAUAUUUUGUAAUAUUUAUAAUGACAACACGUAAGAGAAAGAAAUCAUCAUUACAUCAGUCAGAAUCUGCCGGCGAUCGGGCUGAUGGUGAACCUCUCAAGAGACUCAUUCAGUGUCAGUCUGACACCAACACCCUGGAUCAUCAUCAUAAUCUCAGCCCCUAUUUCUCAAUGAAAGCCCCUGUCAGACUGAGUGACAGCUUCUUCCACCAGCCCUGCGUUGAUCUGGCGAAGGCCUUUCUCGGCAAGGUGUUGGUGAGGAAGCUAACUGAUGGCACUGAGCUCAGAGGAAGGGUUGUGGAAACCGAAGCAUAUUUGGGUGGGGAGGACAAGGCGUCCCACUCAGCGGGGGGAAAACGCACAGAAAGGAACACUGCAAUGUUCAUGAAGCCUGGGACCAUCUAUGUCUAUCCCAUCUACGGCAUCUACCUCUGCAUGAACGUCUCCAGCCAAGGGGAGGGGGCGGCCGUGCUUUUGCGUUCUCUGGAGCCUCUGAGCGGUCAGGACGUCAUGAGGGGCCUGCGUGCAGCCAAACGCAAAGCUGGAGCCAAAAACCUUAAGGACAAAGAGCUCUGCAAUGGCCCGUCCAAGUUGUGCCAAGCGCUAGAUAUACAGCGCUGCUUCGACCGCAGGGAUCUGGCCACUGAUACCGAGAUGUGGCUUGAGAGGGACUCGGAGCAAGAGACUGUUCCUGCUGGAGAGGUGGUGUCGGCCCAUCGGAUCGGAGUUGAGUCUCAUGGGGAAUGGGCAACCAAACCGCUUCGCUUCUACCUGAGAGGACACCCAUGUGUGAGCGUGCUGAACAGAGACGCAGAGCGUCAGAUGCACUCACAGUCCUCCAAUGAGACGGAAAAGACAGUCUCCUGAAAGGUCUUCAUGUUGUUCAGUGAUUAAAUGUUUUUAAAGGGAUAUUCAAUCGAAAAUUUAAAUUCUGUCAUCAUUCAUGUCAUUCCAAACUUUUAUAGAUUUUUUUUUUGUUAUUCUGUAGAACACAAAAGGAGAAGUUUAGCAGAAUGUCCAAGCUGCUCUUUUCCAUAUAAUUAAAGUGAAUGGUGACCAAAGACUGUCAAGCUAGAAAAAAUGACCAUCAAAGCAUCAUAAAGUGGUUCAUGGCUUGUGCUUUAUAUUCUCUAUAUACUGUUGUAUAUAGUAUUAUCUAUAUACUAUAAGUCUUCUAAAGCCAUGUGAUAAUGUGAGCAAAACACUGAAGAUUAAGCCGUUCACCAAUAAUUUACCAGUAAUUUUCAGGGUUAUUUCACCCAAAAAUGUCAAUUCUCAUUACUUACUCGCCCUCAUAUUGUUCCAAACCCAUAAGACCUUCAUUCAUCUUCGGAACACAAAUUAAGAUAUUUUUGGUGAAAUCCGAGAGUUUUCUGACCUCCUUAUACAGAGUAAUGUCAUUCAAAAUGUCAAGGUCCAGAAAGGUAGUAAAGACAUAGUUAAAAUAUUCGACAUGACUGCAGUAGUUCAACUUUAAUUUUAUGAAGCGACGAGAAUACUUUUUGUGCGCAAAAACAAAACAAAAAUAAUGACUUUAUUCCAAAAUUUCUUCUCUCCCAUGUCAGUCUGCGUUGUAUAGACAGUGCAUCCUCGUCGCUUCUACAGCAUCGGCCAAUACGGAGUCGGCGUUCUGACGUAGAACCCGGAAGUGCAGCACUGUCUAUACAACGUAAACAGCGUAGGAAACUGACAUGGGAGAGUGGGAAUAAAGUCAUUAUUUUUGGUCAGAAACCUCUCGGAUUGCAUCGAAAAUAUCUUAAUUUGUGUUUCGAAGAUGAACGAAGGUCUUACAGGUUUGGGACAACAUGAGGGUGAGUAAAUAAUGAGAUUUGUCACAUUUGAAUGAACCAUUUUUUGGCGUUUGAUUUCUGAACAUGUCUGUUUUUGUAACAGCAUGUUUAUUUAAUAAAUAGUCUUGUUAUUC